AUGCCCCGUGCUGCACCCGAAAUUAUUAAAGACCUACGCCAACAGAAUAGUGCAAUAAAGCGAAAGCAUGCCAUUCCAGAGUUUGCAAAAGCCUUGCGUCGUGAUAGCUUUCAGGCGACAUGGGAUGCUGUUGGAGCGGCGCCUGGGCUGGCCAGCUUGAUGGCCGAGUUCAGCAUACGAGAUCUACGCCAGUUGUGCAAACGCUUAGGAAUGACAGCUUCAGCCCGACAAGCGCGACCUCAGAGGCGUGCAGCUCUUGGCAAGCUUGUUAUCAUACUGUUCGAGGGAAAUGAAGAUGGCAGACCUUUGAGUCGCUUCUACCAGGAUAUCGUCCCUGCUUGUGACCUCAGUAUUAUACAGAGAUUCGAACAGCCAUGGACCCCGUCGCAGCAGAAGUAUUUGUUAGCAGGCCAACGAGAGCACAACGAGAUCAAGUUUCUUGAAGAGCUAUCCUCGAAGGACCUUGUACUUGCUCAACACAUAUCCCUGUUCCGCGGCAACAUCCCUCUCACGGAGAGGAUAUUGACAACAAUCCUCACAAGCAAAAAAUGCCCUCCGGAUUUGAUCGAUGAAUUAGCUAUGCCCUCCCUUAAUCGCCUACUCAAGAGCCGCUAUGAUGAUAAGACGCGAAACCGAUAUCUUGACCUCGUUCUCCAAGUUGUCCAAAAACACCAAAUUACCGAGCAACUUUCUCUCGAAAAAGACGGACUUGUCCAGUACAUAGUCGGCCGAUGGUGCAAUGCACCAUCCGGCGAGAGCAAGGAACUGCAAUCCUGUUUGGAGCAAGCCAUCGAGUUGCUCCCGUCAACACCAAAGUCAAGAGCAAACUACUUUGAGCGCCUACAGCAGGCGAUUUGUGUUUCUGAGAGGUUAAGCUAUGAAAGGAGAUAUGAACUUUUUCGCCUGCUUCUUUUACAUAUGAAGGAUUACCAGAUAGAUAUUGAGAGCGACUCAGAACAUGACCUCAUUCGCUUGAGGCAAUUCACUCGGUGGCCAUCGUCGCUUUUCUUCUCGAUGAGCUAUCGAAUGUCUCUCCAACUCUUUGAGAAAUUGGACCAAUUGUUCCCGCAAAGAGACUUCUUAGGUGUAGAAACACAGGGAACAACAGUCUUGCGCCAGUCUCAAGGCCCAAUCAAGCAUAGUCCUCAUGGUGACGUGGAGGUUGUGAAAGCUUUAUUGAUCCGGAGAUCAAAGACACAAAGUGAGCACCCAGGUUGGCUCCAGCAUGUCACUAAUCUAGUCAUGGAGAGGAGGACAAGAGCGCAGCAAUCGCGGGAAGCCGUGGAGCGAGCGUAUUGGGCAGUAAGUGCGGUGCACCUAUGCGUAGCUGCAGGAGAUUUACCGUCUCUCAAAGAAACCAUAGUGUGGUCGCGACGUUUCAUCAAAGAUUCCGCAGUCAGCUAUCGUCUUUUUAGCAGCGACGUCUUCAAGACACACGAAAUAGAGGAGCUUUUGGGUGCUAUGCCAGACGGGAACGUCGAAUCGCCCGAUACUGUUAUGGCUUUCGCUUCCUCUCUAAAGAGGAAAGACAUGGAUCUUGCAAACCAAAUUCUCAUUGAGCUGGUCACGAUCGCAACCAUGGCUGCUGGCGAGCCAGGGUUCCAAGCUGAGAACUGGCCUUGGUUAUUCAACCUCAUCCGAUCCAGAAUUGAUAGGCGUACUAGCAAGCUCGAUGUCUUGUUCAAUAGUCUCUCAAAGUGCACUGAUUCUGAUCGCGAGCAAUGUCAGAGAGAUCUGUUGGAGAUUGUCUGGAAACCUACAAUCGAUAUUUUGAUUCAGAUUGGCGCUGCCCUGGAAGCAACCCAUGGCUCACUCUACGAUACUCUGGUACCUGUCUCAUGUAGAGAUAGCAUCAAAGGCAUAUACCUCUACCAGCGUCUUGCCAACACAUCUCUUUCGCCUCAUCUCCUCGCGGAGCUGACGCGUUUCCUGAUCGAUCAGAUGAGGGCGUGGCUGGGAGCUAGAGGUCUACAAGCGCAAAUGCACAGCGUUGUCUCUGCGAUUAAUCACCUAGCAUCCAGCGAACCGCAGCUUGCAUGCCCUUUCAUACGCGACUUGAUCGUGAAUGACGAUUUUAAAGAGGCCUCUUCGUGGCAUCGGCAGCUCAUGAGCCAUAGGUUUCUCUCUGUUCUUCCUGCAGGGAAAGCAGAAGAAUUCCUUCGUACAAUGGGCAAUUCCAUAACAGAAAGGAUGAGAGAGCAGAAUCAAAAUUCUGAAUCCAAAGAAGCGGACCCAGAUAUUCCCGCAGAGAAAAAACCUAAGCCGAUCAAGGUCACUACUGUGAAGAUGCUUGCCCAGCUUUUGCAACAUAAAAUCUUUAUCGAUCCUUCUUCAUCUUGCGAGAUUCUUAUUGGCCUUCUUUCCGAGACACGGCAUAUCGACAUCCGUGUCGCCAUCGUAGCAAGCCUUUUGGAUACAAUGGAAGAGCCAGAUUGCCCUCCCAACAUACGGAAACAGAUACUCUCUGCUCUCGAGGAGUAUGUUGUACCAGUAGCUUCUCAGCUCAAUGAAAGACGUGGUCUUACUGAAUCCGACUGGAUCGCGGCCUCCGAAAACGGUGUUAGUCUACCCAUCGUUGGGGAGGAUACUCCUCUACUCGAUCUAUUGAUCGAGAAGACUCAACUGUCAAGGCUAGAGGAAGCCGACAAGCUAGCGCUUGGUCAACUUGUUAUGGUUGCUAUAGAGCAGUCAGCUGUAACUAACACACGCUAUUUGAACUUGUUCAUGACGAAAAACAAAUUUUCUCUGGAUUCUCUUCCCGAAAUACCAGUUCAUCUAGCUCCACUUUCCAAGGCCUUCAUUCAUCUGAUGCCGUACAUUCCAGCUCGCCUUUACAGAAUGGUAGAAGCAGCCAUGUUCACCCAUAUCGAACCAUCACCGGGGAUAAAAGCUAUCAACAAGGCCGUUCAGGAAGAUCGCGGAUUGGUCAACUCAAACUCGGGCAAACACUGGCUUUCGCAAUUCGCAAGCGACAGCCUGGAAUCCAGAAAGCAUAACGUUCGGUUUAUACUCAUCCAUACACCUCAUUUGAUCCAACAAGGUCCAAACUUGCUCAAUUCCAAAUUGGUCAGCAACGGUAUCGACCGAACAUGGCUUUUACAACUUAUGAAGGGCUGCGUCGACAGGCUGUUAAACGUCAACAGAGCUGGCGAAAUAGUCAGCAUUGUCAGGAGGAUGUCCGGUGAUAGAUUAAAAAGCCGUAAGCAUUGGGAAAACUGGCACAAGAAUUGUUUGCCUGUGAUUGAAGCAAUCAUUCUACAGACAAAGGAAGCUCAAGCACGCUGCCAGUUUAUUCUAAGCGUACAAGCUCUACCAUUACCUCUACCCGACGCAACUGAGGAAGAAGACCAGGCAUUCAUCGAGAAGCUCUACGAGGUCAUCGCGGGCCUUGCAGGACGGCAGAAUUACCCAUAUCAUACCGAUCUAGGAACACUCAAGCAGGAGAUUGAUUACUGGCCUCUAGCGCAGUGCUUUGCACGAUUGGCGCUCAAAUUAGCAGCAGUUCGCGACUACCAUCUGGAAUCGACGGAUAAGCCUAGCCUUGUGGAUUAUCUACGAUUAGAAAUUGUGGUACAUUUACUCACCAAAGCUACCGGUCCCAAAACAGUGGCAGUGGAAGUAAGACGGUUGUUGGAGGAGUGGUCGAGAUCUAAUGACAAGAUGAUCCAGGCCAUGGGUAUGGACUUGGCGAGGACAAUUCAGCACAGAGAUUGGUUAGUUUCGAAUUAG